GGACUACUUCCUGGUGGCACUGUAUCUAUUAUAGUAUUUUUAGAUGAAAUGUUCCCAAACACUGCAGAGUUUGUGUGUCACAGCAUGAGAGCUACUGUGACACACACAAACUCACAGGCAAGAAAGAACUAGAGAGAGAGAAUGAGGUUCGGGGUUUUAUUUGUUUUGAGUGACACAGUUUGAAGUCAUUGGUCAGAUUUUAUAGGGAAAACUUCAGGACCCAACUGUAAGUGACGCAUUGGGUUACACACUCCUCCCACAUUUCCUCAGGCAAGAGGGAGGGCAACAGAAGGGGCAAGACGUAACAACAGUCUCAUUCUUGUUAUGUGAGAUCACAGGGUAGCAGAAUGUGUUGAUAAUUGAGGGCAGGAUUGUACAAGAAAGAAGAAGAAAUUCGCUGAGGAAGGGAGGGUGAACAGAAAGAUACGUGGACUGGAAGCUUGUGGCUAGGAGGAGACACAAACUCAUUACAUUGGUUGGAAAUAUUUUUUACAGGGACUCACAAAACUGUAACAAGGAAAAAAAAUGAACUUUCUGAAUGUGCUGGCUAAGGCUUUGUAUGACAACGCUGCCGAGUCUCCAGAUGAACUGUCCUUCCGUAAGGGGGACAUCCUGACCGUGUUGGAACACGACACACAAGGGCUCGACGGGUGGUGGCUCUGUUCACUUCAUGGUCGCCAAGGCAUUGUCCCCGGCAACCGUCUUAAGGUCCUGGUUGGCAUGUAUGAUAAACAACAAGAACACGGAAGUCCUUGCAUAAUAGAUCCAGCUUCGUCGUGUCCCAUUUCCCAGAUGCAGCGACCCCCCCCCACACACAGUGGAUCCACUCAACCUUCAUCAGCUCAGUACACACCCAUGUCCUCAAUUUACUCCACGCCAAAUCCCGCACAGCCCAAAUCUGAGUCUGUCUACAUGAUUCCGCCUUUGCAUGGCCCCAAGCCAAGUCCCCAAAUUCUGUACCAAGUUCCCUCUGGCCCAAGUGGACCACCUCUUAAUGUCAAACCAGAACUGACAAUUCAGGCCCCAGCGCUAGCACAAAUUCAGUGUGAGAUUUCUGGGGAGGAUGUCUACCAGGUGCCGCCUUCUUUAAGUCUGGGGCUAAACCAAGGAAUUACCCAGGCUGCCUCCUUUGUCGGAAAGGACGUGUACCAGGUGCCCCCCUCUCUGGAAAAGAGCACAUGGGAGGAUAGCAAGACACUUGGUAAGGGUUUUGCAGCUACUCAUGUGGGCCCAGUCUAUGCCUAUGACACAAUGAAGAAAGACCAUGAUAAGUAUGGUGUUCCAACCAGACAUCAAUUUUUAACCCAGCAGGACAUAUACGAUGUGCCUCCUACCCGUGACAAAUACAACACCCAGGUUUAUGAUUUCCCACCCACAGUUAUUAAAGAUGUUCCUGUCACUCAUCUAAUAAAAGAGGAGACCUAUGAUGUGCCAUCCCAUUUGACCAAAAAGAAACCCCAAGCCUCCGCUCCUUCUGGCCAGUACAUGUUUGGUAGUCCGAACGAAGACCACAAACAGAAUCUCCUGCCUGAGGAUGUGUACGACGUCCCGCCCCCGACAUUAACCAAAAAACAUGUCCAAAGAGAUCGAGUUAGCGCGUUGGCUCAGGACAUAUACAACUUUCCAGCUAGCGUGCACCACGGAGGUCAACCUACCCCAGAUGUUUAUGACAUCCCAAGAGAGCAAGAGGAGGGAGGAGAGAGCGAAUGCACAAAUAUCUACGAUGUUCCUCCACAGGUUGUCCGCGAUGCCCAGUUCCCAAGUGAGGAUCUCUACCGGGCGUUCAAGCGACUCUCUGCCUCGAGCACAGGGAGCACGCUCAGCGACAACUCCGCUUCAUCCUCGGACAUGCUCCCUGUCGCUGACAAUGACUUUUUCUCAUCCUCUCCUGCCCCGGGCUUAUUUCCUGGAAAACCCCUUCUGUUAGACCUGGACCCGGCCAUGGAGCGCCUUUCCCGCCUUCAACACGCCGUCGAGUCGAGUGUCUCCGUAAUGAUGUCGUUCAUCACGAGCGACUGGCGAAGCCCGGAUAACCUGGAGGGGAAUCUUCCGGCCAUUCGCCAGGCCGCCGAUCGGGUAUGCGUCACUCUCCGAGACUUCCUAGAAUUUUCCCGGGGCGCCGUAGCAAAUGCCGGCCAGGCCACGGACCGCUCGCUGCAGGCCAAAUUGGGCCGGCAGGUGGGCAAAUUGGAGGAGGUCUUUCAGAGUUUGAUUAUGCAGACUCAGAGUUUAGAUGCCAUUUCUUGGUUGCAUACAGAACUUGCCAAACCGCAACCGGGAGGAGAUGUCUUAGAUCAACUAAUAAUGACAGUGCGUGGAAUCCCGGAUGACACCAAACAGCUUACUUCCUUUCUCCACGGAAAUGGCUCAUUGCUCUUCAAGCGGAGUCCCCAGCAACAGUUACCGCUUCCUCCGUUACCAGGAAGGAUGAGCUGUCACGGGAUGGGACCAGAAGGUGGGAGCUAUCAUGUGGGCGAGAGGAUAAGCAUUCAGUCCAGACCCUUACCCUCGCCGCCAAAGUUUGCAGCUGCAGAGGAAGAGGGAGGUGAUGACGGCCCUUAUGAGACCACCGAGGAAGGAUGGAUGGAGGACUAUGACUAUGUGCAUUUACAGGGUAAGGAAGAGUUUGAGAAGAGCCAAAGACAACUGAUGGAGAAAGGCAGCAUCAUGAAAAACAAGACACAACUGGAGCAGCAACAGAUGAAACAGUUCGAACGACUAGAGAAGGAAGUGAGCCGACCGAUCAACGACGACUUGACUGGUUGGGUUCCAUCGUUGAGUCCCUCCCAAGGCAACCGGUCUCCUCAAAACGCCUCCUCCAAACUGUGCCAGGCUGACCGGCAACUUCUUCUCUUCUACCUGGAGCAGUCUGAGCAGAACUUCACCACCGUCAACAACGCGAUCGAUGCCUUUUUUACUGCCGUCAACGCCAAUCGACUGCCUAAGAUCUUUGUGGCUCACAGCAAGCUUGUCAUCCUUAGUGCACACAAGCUAGUUUUCAUUGGCGACACGCUAUCCCGUCAGGCCAAGUCACCUGAAGUGAGAGCGGAGGUAGGUCAGAGCAGCAACACCCUCUGUAAUAAACUCAAGGACAUUGUAAUCAGUACAAAGACAGCAGCGCUGCAAUAUCCGUCACCCGGAGCUGCCAGGGAAAUGAGUGAAAAGGUGAGGGAGCUGGCGGGAUGUACCCAGCAAUUCAAAAUGGCGCUGGGGCAGCUGUUGACGCUAUAGAGUCGAAGAUCGAAUAGAAGGACAACAAGAGAGAUGCCGAGAGUAGGAAUUCCUCGCCGGCAUGCCGAGUGAUAACCAAGCAGCGUUGGAAACCUGGAAAACAUCUGGACGAGGUGUUUGUUUCUUCUGUAAUCUGGAUUGAGAGAUGCAGUGAGGAGUCUGGGACUCUUCACGCGCUCUGACAUGCAGUCGUGGAGUUCACAGACGCUGUCGCCCAGACCACGACCGGAUCCAUACGAACGGGUAAAUUAGUAGAGAGAGAGAGAGAGAGAGAGAGCGUGCUUGCAGCUUAUCUGUAUAUAUACAUAUGUAUAUGAAUAAAUUCACAGUGAAAAUAUCUAUAGUAUAGUCACGUACCAUGCAAAAUAUAAAAUGUGUUGUUUCAGAAAUCCUAGAAUGACCAUGUAUAAAUAAGAUGUGGAAGAAUAAAUGUAUAUAUAGGUGGUCGUGAGUUGUCGUUGGGCAGUUUCGCUGAGGCCAGACCGACUCAUGGUGAUCACGGCAGAUGGAUCGGGUGGAGGUCUUGGGUUUAGUUCCCAGUAGAAAGCGUUGAAUCCUCGCGCAAGAUACUGCCGUAAAAUGGAGCGCUCCUGAUGUUGCAUUAUCCAUUUAAAGUUAUAUGCCAAACUCAGGGCCGGGGGCCAAAUUCGGCCCACCAUGUAAUUAUAUUUGGCCCGCAAGACCAUAUUAAAUGCGUAUUAGAGCUGGCCCCCCCACUAUAUAGCACAUGCGCCGCUAAUAUUACAAAUCCCAGAAUGCUUUGCCAGCGUGUCGGCACAUCAGCGGAGACCGGCGAGCGCCCCUUCCCUUUCUGUCGCGGUCGUUAGCGACAAUGCUACCGGUCGCCUCGAGCACAUUUACACUUCCCCUUUCCCAAAAAUGGCCAAGACAGGUGGGAGGCAGCUUGUCUGUUCACUAAAGUAAAAGACAGACCUGUUUGGCGUGUGUGACGCAACGUGGCUGGAACAAAGAAUAAAACAUUGAAUUCAUGUUUUUUUUUUUUUUUUUUUUUUGUUAAAUGCCCUUUAUUAAAUCCUAGGCAGGGACUGUUAAUAGUUCGGAUUUUUAUUGAACGACACUCUUAUUUUUUUCGGGUUGUUUUGUUGUUGGCCUUUGAAAAAAGAUUGACAUAAAAAAAAAAAAAAAGGUAGUUGGAGAUAAACAGAAGACACAAGAAUUCAUGUUAUUUUAAUACAAAACAACAAACAAAUACCACUGACGCAAAUUAUUAUCACAAAUUCGAUUUCUCGUGUUUAUAAUAUGAAAGUUUGAUUAUUCCAGAUUCAGUGUUUAAGCAAAAUGUAAGUCUGUUGUCGUAUGAUCAACUUUGACGCUACAUUUCUGCAGAGAAGGAAAACAUGCACAUCGCAGUGCUUUUUUAUUAAAUAUAGAGUUUGGCCCGCAACGUUGUCCCCAUUUUUCAUUUUGGCCCACCGUCAAUUUGAGUUUGACACCCCUGAUUCAAAGCGUUAGAUCAGUGAAGUCCAUAUCCAAUUUGAAUUCCUAUGUCGGUUUUAUUUAAGUCAUUCCGCUAAUAAACAGCGGCUGAAAUAAGUAUUUAACACGUCACCAUUUUUCUCAUUAAAUAUAUUUCCAAAGGUGCUAUUGACAUGAAGAUUUUACCAGAAGUUGGCAACAACCCAAGUAAUCCAUACAUACAAAAAAGUGGAACAAAUGAGAUCAGAAAUUAAGUUUUGUGUAAUAAUGUGAAAUGACAAAGGGAAAACGUAUUGAACACGCCAACUGGUAUUUAUUUAAUGCUUUGUACAAAAGCCCUUGUUUGCAAUGACAGCUUCGAGACUCCUCCUGUAUGGAGAAACUAGUCACACGCAUUGCGCCGUUGUGAUUUUGGCCCAUUCCUCCACACAAGCAGUCUUCAAAUCGUUCAUGGACCUUGAGUUUCAGUUCUUUCCAUAGAUUUUCCCUUUCAUUCAAGUCAGGUGUUUGGCUGGGCCAUGAGAGCAGCUUGAUUUAUUUUUUGGUUCUUUGAAACCAGUUGAGAGUUUCCUUGGCAGUAUGUUUUGGGAUCAUUAUCCUGCUGAAAUGUCCAACAUCGUUUCAUUUUCAUCAUCCUCGUAGAUGGCAGAGGAUUUUGGUCAAGAAUGUCUCGGUACAUUUGCCCAUUCAUCCUUCCUUCAAUAAUGUAGUUUACCAGUACCAUUUGCUGAAAAGCAGCCCCACACCAUCAUGUUCCCACCUCCGAACUUCACUGUUGGUAUGGUGUUUUUAGGGUCAUGUGCAGUGCCAUUUCUCCUCCAAACGUGGUGUGCAUUAUGCCAUCCAGAGUUCAAUUUUGCUCUCAUCCGACCAGACUAUAUUCUCCCAGUAUUUAACUGGCUUGUCCAAAUGUUGUUCAGCAAUCCUUAAACGAUCUUUGACAUGCUUUUUUUUUCCAGCAAUGGGAAUGGGGGAAUGGGUCUUGCGUGGCGAGCGUGCAUACAGGCCAUGGCGGUGAAGUACAUUACUCACUGUUUUCCUUGUGACAACAGUACCUGCUAAUUCCAGGUCUUUUUGAAGCUCUCCACAGGUGGUCCUUGGCUCUUGGACAACUCUUCUGAUUUUUCUUUCCAAAUCCUCUGCCGGAAAUCUUGCGAGGAGCACCUGAUCGAGGCAAAUUUAUGGUGGCAUGAUUGGCUUUGCACUUAGGUAUUAUUGCCCCAACCGUGCUCACUGGAACGUUCAGAAGCUUAGAUAUGCGCCUGUAACCAAUGCCAUCGUUAUGUUUUGCAACAAUUACUUUGCGAUGGUCUUGAGACAGCUCUUUGCUCUCACCUAUCAUGAGAUGUGUCUUGACUCACGCCUUGGCAAUGAGACCUUUUUGUCGGGCCAUCAAUUACGUAGGACUGAAACAGCAGCUAUUCAUUUGCACUGACAAGGGGCUGGAUUGCUGUUUGAUUAUUGAUAGAGUUUAGGUGUUGUCUUGGCUUUCCAUGCCUUUUCCACCUCCCUUUCUUCAUGUGUUCAAUACUUUUUCCUUGUCAUUUCACAUUUUUACACAACUUAAUUUCUGAUCUUAUUUGUUCUACUUUCUGUGUAUGUAUGGAUUACUUGGGUUGUUCCCAACAUCUGGUGAAAUUUUCAGGUCAAUAGCACCUUCGGAAGUGAUUUAGCGAGAAAAUGGUGACUUGUUACUUAUUUGAGCCGCUGUAUUUGUCCCACUAUUACUGUCUAACACUUUCAAAAUGACUGCUGUGAAAAGGUCUCUGAAUUAAUACUAUCGUGAUAGUCCGAAAUCUUUGCACGCUACUUGUCUUGAGAAAAUAUCAAUGAACAUUAAACUGGAUACUGCAUUCUUAUCCUUAAAUAAACAUUGUUUCAAUUUGA